UCCAAUGCAGAUAUUGACGAAUGCGAAAGUGAUCCGUGCAAUAAUGGAGCAACAUGUGUGGAUCAGCGAAAUGGUCAUAUAUGUAUGUGUCCUGACAAUUGGACGGGGAGAUACUGCGAAAUUAGAAUUACGACCACAGUUCCUACAACCACGAUAACCACCACAACUGUGGCUACAACAACUGAGGACUGGGUACCCAGUGUAUUUGAGGAAUCUUCAUACGAUGAGGGAAGUUGGUUUGACACAACCCCAGAAGAAGCUGCAACAACACAGAGAGCAACUAGGCCUACAACAACAGAGAGAGCAACUACAAACACACCACAGGUCACCACAACGGUUCUAAGAACGGGAGCAAGAACAACCACCCCAAGGAUCACAACUCCAGUGGCUACCACGACACCCACAACAACCAGACCACCCACAACAACCAGACCACCAACAACAACGACAUCACCACCAACAACAACGCCCACAACAAGACCAACUACAACAGUUCCAACAACCACAGACAACAACGAGAUUCCAGUGGGCACGGUGAAAGGGCAGACAACAGCCAAAAAUGGCGGGAACAAAAUUCCAAGGGGUCAUGGCAGCGCAGCCAGAAAUGGCGCGCAGACUGAAAAUAAAAUCAUUAUAUUAUCGACAGUGCUCGGUGGACUUCUUCUCAUCGUCAUCGUAUGCAUUCUCCUUGUCAUCAUCGUCCGAAUGAGGAAAAGUGCUGGCCUAGCGAACUAUCACCAAUUUACUAUGGAAGAGGCCGAUAAACCAGCCUCUGAAUCACGUGGAUGGCAUGAACUUAAAUUCAGAUCUUUUGGGGACACUUACAAUCGACUAGAUGACAAUGAUGCAAUAUAAUAUUGUUUUCAAUGUAAAAAAAACAUUUGUACUCGAUUUUUAAGCAUUUCUAUUCAGUUUUAUGACUAGAAUGGUUGCUGUAUAUGUUUCAUUUGCUCUUAUGAUGAAAAUUAUAAAUCUGUAUGGUAUAUUCAGCUAUCUCAUGGGUUUGUAGUUAUCAUAAGAACACAAGAAACAUUUGGACAAGACUACAAGUAAACAGUUAGCUGAUUGGUUAACGUGUCGGGAAGUUCCAAACUGAAGCGCACUUCUCAUCUUUCCUGCAGUUUUCAAAUUAUAUUCCUUUGAAUCGCCUAAUAUGUAAUCAUUUAAUCAUUUUCUUUGAGAGCCCUUCGCAUUUUUCCCGAUUUCACUCAAUAAUAAUAAGCACGCAUUUAGCAUGCACAAUUUAUUUCUAUAAAGUGUAGAUAGUUGUCUCAUACGGUUAAUGAAAUUCGACGUCAUCAAUGUUCGUGAAUAUAUUUCAAAACGAUGCCCAUUGACCCUUGAUUCAUUUUGUUGCUACCCCGUCCGUAUCUUUUUUUUUUAUUAAAAAAAAGAAAUAAAUCAUUGAGUCCAGAAAGUUAGUUGAAUACUGUUUUUAUGGUAGAAUUAUCCUGCAUAGUAUUUAAUCGUGCAAUAUCAUUUAACCAAGCAAUAAUAUUUUGGAAAGGGUUUCUACUUAGCGACUUAAAGGAUGGAUUGGUGUUUUAGUUUUGGAGUGUAUUGGUAACCUACGUGGGGCAAGAGGGUAUUUUCAGAAGAAAGGGGGAGAAAAUCAAAAGGAAAAUUCCUUCGCCUUUUCUCCAUUUUCAUGCUUCGUACACCUCUUAAUCUUUUUAAUUUUAUUUGUUGCACAUCAAAUUUAUAUUUGCCGUUUUGUUAUUUUCAACAUGGUUCCUCACUUAAUUUACAGAUGUGGAAUUUCAGUUGAAGUUCAAAACACUUUAGAAAGGUAAUUUGUGAUUUUGUUCAGAAUAAUCUUAUUGUACAUUGUGACUUUAGCUUAAAAUGCCCUGGUGAAAACUUCUGCAAAGGUUAGCUCUAGUAACAGGGAAAUGUGUAAUAAAGAGGUUGAAUAACGAUUUUCCGAUUCAAGGAUACAUUUAAAGAAUUAAAAUCUUUUAUUUACGAGCUCUCUGGCGUUUCGAAGUGAGAAAAGUGAAGCCAUCUUAUUUCCUUUCAAUAAAUUUUUAUUUGAUUGUUGACACAGUCUGAUGGUUAGUUAAUUGAUAUUUGCCUGGGAAUGGGAGUAAGGUCUUGUACGUCUCGAGAACUAGAUGGGGAUAUAUCAGCACUCUGCUGGGAGGUGGACCAGGUUCUGUUCCAGCUUCUGGACUUGCAAGUGAGCAAGGCGAGCAAAGUCCGGGAUUUCGGGCCUAACACGUAUUUUGUAGUUCCGUUAAUUUUCUUGGUCGUGUUUGUUUUUAAUUAGUGUUGUUUUUUGCUUAGUAUUUAAUGUGCCUUGUUUCGUGGUAGACAUAACUGUGCCACUUGAUUAUCAAAGGGAAAUUUAGAUAAAUCUGAACUUAUUUUAAAAUAUUUGGCAAAGCAAAUAACUUGUUGAAUAUCUUUUAUGCACAUUUUUCAAAGGCUUAAAUUAUCUAUUUUAUUUCGAAUUUCGAUAAGUUUCACAUUUUCAAAAGCCAUUAUCUUGUACAUUAUUAUUGAUAGAGAAUAGUAAUGAAAAGAUAUUUUAUUAUGAAUUGUAAAUAUUGUAGCUGCCAAAAGAUAAUAUCCACGAAAGAUAUAUAUUUUAGUACUGUAAAGUGGUUGCAAAUGACAGUAAAGCCCCUUUCACAAUUGACGUACGACUAUUUGCGACCUUUUGGUCGUGCGACAGGCUGCAACAGGCAUCAAUCGCUAGUCAUUUCAUAAGAUGGCAUAGAGGCUUUCACAAAUGCAACAGCUGUCUUACAACAAAAACAACCAGUAAACCCCGUUGCACGAGCAAGUCGCAUAUGCUCUUAUUGUGCUCGUGCGAUCACAUGCGAGUGUUGCACGAGGGAUUGCGAGUGGAACGGUAGUGCAAUGUUUUAAGCCGUUGCGAUCGGUCUUAUAACAGUCUUAUGGCCUAUAUAUUAUCGCACCCAUCAGUCGCAAGACUGGUCUCUAUAGGUCGCCAGCAAAUGUGCAAGUGUUGUACGACCCCCAGUCGACUUAAUGCGACUACUUAGUUGUGCCACCUCUCGCAUCAAGUCGUACAACGUUGAACAACACUCACACGAUGAUCUCCAGACCGAUGGUACGAUCUGAUGCGAGUGAAUCGAUCGCGUUUGGAUUUUGAACAUCUUCAAAGUUCAGAUGCGACCAGUCACGACCACCUCGAGUUCGUGCGAACGUCUACAACGACUGCGAGUGCUCGCAAGACACCAAGAGAUCGAUCGUGCAACAACAGGAAAAAAUUGUUGCAGGCGGUCGUUAACAGGUCGUUCGUCAAUUGUGAAAGGGGCGUAGAGUUGUGUACAACUUGGUGUAAUAAAAACCCCAGCCCUUCUCUCGACCUCCCUUUCCCACCUUCUCUCUUUCCCUUUCCAUGUCCUCUCUAUCUGUCAUCCCCCCUCGCAGUCUUUCCUCCUCUCUCUCUCUCUCUCUCUCUCUAUCUCUCUUACUAUAGCUAUAGCUAUCUAUUCUACAAAAUAAAUGUUGUGAAUUUUCAAGCCAAAGGGUAAUUGAUGGUUGUUGAUGUUUUUAUACAAUGUGAAUACCUAUUAAAAUGUAUUGUUGAAUACGAAAAAGAAAGAAUUUAA